CGCAGUUUUAUUGAUCAAAGUUAUUUACUCUAACAAUCGAUGAUAAAUGUUUUUAAUUCAAUGGAAUUCUACGAUGCAUCCAUUUUUUUAUUUUGAAUUUUGAAAAAUCAUUUCGAAAACAAUGAUCUGCGUACAUAUUUUAUGUACGGUCUUCCGUCUAGAUUUAUUCAGAUAGCAUUACACGUUAGAAGAAACUACUCGUACGUGCGAUUUUACCGCCAAGAGUUUUCUCUGAAUAUAUGUUAUUAGUACUGAUUUUUAUAUAUUAAUCGCGUGCAAUAAUGGCUUUGAGAAUGUCAAAGGGUGAAGUACCAGAAAAUGCUAUUGCUUUGACCAGAAGCGAAGCUAUUAAAUACCAGUGGAAUCAAAUUCACAAAUGGAAACCACAAAGAGAAGUAUGGCCUUUUUCAUAUGGAGUGGCUUUACUAGGAGGUGUCGCUGCGUUAUCAGGUGUAUAUAUUAAUAUGAGGAUUAGAAAAUCACUUAAAUUACGUAGUUUUGGUACUGCUGCUUCUGCCGUCACUAUGUCAGUAUGUCCAGGGUCGCUUGUUUGUAUCGCCCAGCUACAGAUGGUUACAGAAAAAACUUUUUUUCCACUCGAAAGCUGUCCGUUAUGCAUUGAAAUGAGAUCGAUAGUCGUUCAGAAUUGCGGUGCCAUUAUAUAUCCUAUGAUAUUAUCACCGAUAGUAAACUUUCUGAUCGCUAAGCGUGAUGGAAGAUUUAGAAUGCCGUAUUAUACAAACUGGAAAGAAAUGAUAUACUUUUGUGUGAACUUAUUUAAACCUAUUGUCCCAUCAUUAGGAGUCUUAGGUGCUAUAAAUGCUUUAGCUGCAGCUGUCAUUGUAUAUAAACAAUUUAAUUGCUUAUCUUAUAUACGGGAAGUAUUAUCUGUAGAAAAUGAAAGCGAUGAGUUACAAAAAGAUUUCUAGACAAUCGUUAUUGUUAGUGUCAUAAAUUAUUGAAUAAAAUAUCUUAAAUCGUGUAA